CAUUCAGUGAAGCCGACAUUAUUGAGUCCAAUAAAUUGUGUGAAUGAAGUUGAUCUACAAAGUUUGAUACCAAUCGAUCCAGAAGUUGUGAACUGUUGAAACAGUUCAACCAACGGGCAGCGAUGCAGCGAGGAGAUAAAAGGAUUAAGAUACUAAAGCUCUGGUGCUACCUUUUCCUGCUGGCCGUGGCCAUCGUAACGAACGCCAAGCCCGAAGCCCCAGUCAACUCGUACCUACCGCCGGCACAUGGGCACGGAAAUGGCAACGGAUAUCACGACGAUCACCACCACCACGACGAUGACCAUCACCACACGGACCUAGUGCCGCCGUCUUCCAGCUACGGAACACCGGACAGCAGCUACGGUCCCCCGAAUCACCAGUCCGGGUUUCAACCGGAUCAUGCCCACCACGACCAUCAUGACCAUCACGAGGAGCACACGGAUUCGUACGAGGACGAACCGGCCCAGUACGAGUUCACCUACGAAGUGGACGAUGAAGAUGCGGAUCUGUCGUUUGGCCACGAGGAGAUGCGCGAUGGGGAGUACACCACCGGGAAGUACAACGUUCUACUUCCGGACGGAAGACGGCAGAUCGUGGAGUACGAAGCGGAUCAUAAGGGUUACCGGCCGAAGAUCACCUACGAGGGCGGUGAAGAGCAUCCCCACCACCACGACAAGCACAAGCACAAGGACGGUCACGAGGGAUACCCCCACGAGAAUCCGCACAAUCAGUUGGGAUAUCCGCACGAGGAACACCACGACUUUGAGCACGGCGGAAACCACGAGGAUAGUGGACACAGUCGGGCGGACCAUGGCGUCCAUGAACAUCACGAUCACCAUCAUGGCAAUGGCGAUCAUCAUCACGGGUACGAUCACAAUGCUCACGAGUACAGCCACGGCCACAACGGUGGCGAUCACCAUGGGGAUCAUCACGGACACAACGGAAACGGCCAUCACCACCGGCGGUCGUCCCAGUCCGGCCACGGACACGCCAACGGUGAGCAUCACGUUCAUCGUCGAAAUGGAAACGGAAACGGCAACGGUGCUCAUCGCAACGGCCACCGGAACAAUGGCCACCACUAGAAGGAUUUGAUCUUUGAACAACUUGGAAUGAUGAGUGAAUACACCCGCGUGCGCCAGUAGUACAAAUUAGUGUGAUUUUUAAGCCUUAUUUAUUCAAACAAGCUUCGAGCAGCGGCUUAUCGAGUACUCAAGCAAGCUCAAUUACCGGCUGAGACUCGAUCUGCGACAGCGCAGCAAAACAAAAAAAACCAAUUGCAUUUACAAAUUAGCAGACCCUUAAGUUAGUGCUAAGUAGCUAGGAGUUAUUUGCCAUUAUGUAAAAAAAAAUAUGUAUUCAAGCAAAAAAAAACACUACCCAAUAAAGCACCAGCAAAUGAUCAUCGAAAAAAUGCACAACCAGCACUCGUCGAACGAGGCUGGGUUCGAUGAAUCGAGAAAAAA